UCCUGUGUGUGGGCACUGCGUCUAGUGUCAACAGAGGAAAUACAUUGUCAUGGAGUUCAUUGGUGAUUUCAGUUAACAUUUUUAUUUUAGCGUUGUUGAAAUGAUUAACAGUAACUGGACCUAUGGACAGAUGGUACUGUGUAUCUCUGACCUUUCUCUUCCUCGGAUAAGGCAUGCAUAACGGCCUACACACAUGUCCAAUCAUGGAGAGGUGAAACUAACCCAAAAGAGGAGAAGAAAAAGACGACGACGUCUCCGUGUCACCACAGACGGCCUUGAAAGUAUCACUGAGAACCGUCAAACAAAGGCCGAGACCGGGGACGGGAGAGGUGGGGAGAAAAGAGGAGUGUGAAAGGAGGAGGAGGCGGAGGAGGAGGUAAGAGGAGAACUAAAAAGGUGGAAGCUGAAACGAAACGCGGGUGAAGGACCUUAGGAUGGCUUUCCUGGACAACCCCGCCAUCAUCCUGGCCCACAUCCGGCAGUCCCAUGUGACCAGCGACGACACGGGCAUGUGUGAGAUGGUGCUAAUCGACCACGACGUGGACCUGGAGAAGUGCCAGCUGGCCUCGGCGCCUGGCAGCAGCGGGGGCUCGCUCGGCUCGGAUACCCUGGGCGAGGGGGGCGGCGGCGGGGAGAACCCGGGCUGCGACCUCUCCCAGUCCAUGGACAUCACCUCGAGCUGGGACUUUGGCAUACGCCGGCGCUCCAACACAGCGCAAAGACUUGAACGGUUACGGAAGGAGCGACAAAACCAGAUCAAAUGCAAAAACAUUCAAUGGAAGGAGAGGUCAACCUCGCAAUCAGCGGAGGACCUGGGUUCCCUGUUUGAGAAGAGUGACUUCAAAGACAGACCCAGGAGCUACGGCACCAAGUCCACCUUGUCCCUCCGGCUCGAGCAAUGCCCCCAGCAACUCAACAACCCUUUCAACGAGUACUCCAAAUUCGACGGCAAGGGUCAUGUGGGUACAACUGCAACCAAAAAAAUUGACGUCUACCUCUCGAUGCAGUCAACGCAGGAGAAGCUGCAUCCCAUGAUGGUGGUGACCAUGGCCAAUGCCCGGGUCCACGACCUCAUCGGCCUCAUCUGCUGGCAAUAUACCAGUGAAGGCCGUGAGCCCAAACUCAAUGAGAACGUGAAUGCGUAUUGCCUCCACAUAGCGGAGGAUGACGGGGAGGUUGACCCGGACUUCCCCCCAUUGGACUCGAACGAACCCAUCCACAAGUUUGGUUUCAGCACUCUGGCCCUGGUGGAGAAGUCCUCCUCCCCUGGCUUGGCCGCCAAGCAGUCCCUCUUCGUCCGGAUAAAUGCUGCUCAUGGUUUUUCCCUGAUCCCGGUAGACAGUAUGAAGGUUACCAUGAAGGAGAUCCUGCAGAAGGCGCUGAAGAAACGGAAAGGCUCCCAGAAAGGCUCAGGUCCCAUGUACCGGCUGGAGAAGCAGAUGGAACCCAAUGUGGCCGUGGAUCUGGACUGCACCCUGGAAAGCCAGACGACCCUGGAGUUCUGCCUGGUCAGGGAGAACAGCUCCAGAGGGGAAGAGAGCUCUGAGGAGGAUCCCCCCAUCGAUAUCACCACAGUGCAGGACAUGCUGAGCAGCCACCACUACAAGUCCUUCAAGAUCAGCAUGAUCCACAAGCUCCGCUUCACCACCGACGUACAGCUUGGCAUCUCAGGGGAGAAGGUGGAGAUCGACCCCGUCACCAACCAGAAGACCAGCACCAAGUUCUGGAUUCGUCAGAAGCCCAUCUCCAUCGAUUCGGACCACCUCUGUGCCUGUGACCUUGUGGAAGAGAGGAGCCCUAGCCAUGCCAUAUUCAAGCUCACAUAUCUCAGCAACCAUGACUACAAGCCACUGUACUUUGAGUCCGAUGCUGCUACCGUGAACGAAAUCGUGCUCAAGGUGAACUACAUCCUGGAGUCCCGGGCCAGUACUUCGAGGGCCGACUACUUCGCCCAGAAGCAACGUAAACUGAGUCGUCGUACCAGUUUCAGCUUCCAGAAGGAGAAGAAGUCUGGUCUGUAGAGGCCCUAUAACCACUGUCUGGAGGGAGACAAACCCCAGGAACCUGGCUGACCUCACUGGCGCUGCGAGGCUGAACACAGCACAGGGACUGCAGGUCAAAGGAGAGGGAUGGAAAGGGAGGGAGAGCCCCAGUCACAGAGUGUAGUGAGAGAAGAUGCAAUAGAGAGGGAGACCGAAGCCGCUUAAGUCUGGAACAUAAAAUGCUCCGUGUUUUCACCGAAGGGUCUCCAUUCAUAUCAGCUUAAUGUUCUCAACACGUUUUGUCUUUGGAAAAAAUUAGCACACAUGAAAACAAGAAAAGGCAGAAUUCCUUGUAAUCCUCUUCUGAAUGAAAUUAAGGAAUACAAAGCCCCCCCUCCCUCCCCAUUGUCAUCAACCUCACUAACUCUGGGCGGGUUGGAGGACGACGCUGUCAAUCAAUUUAACCCUGUUCAUCCACUGCCUAUAAAUCACAACGAAGCCAUCGGGACAAUGGAAAUACGUAAUCCUCUGCUUCUACUCUUUUCUGUGUUUAAACAUGUAAACUUAAUCAGAAUUCUGUUGUACAUUGACAUGUAAAGGGAACAUCCUUGCAUUUUUUAUUUGUAUAUAAAUGGCGAUUACAUUCAGGGUUAAGAAAAUUAUAUGAUGAAACUUGCUUUGGCCAUAGUAUGUUCAGUGCCUGAAACCUUUCAAACAGUGGCUCACUACCAGUCAAUGCCAGUUCUGCUGACAGAAGAUUUAAAACCAUGGAAGGGAGGCAUUUCUAUACUUUCAAGACUGAAAAAAAUAAAAACCUCAAACCUUGCUUCCUAAAGGCAAAGGUAGAGGUGGUUUAGGAAGGGGUACGACCUGACAGAUUUAUAUAAUUUGAAACAAAUAAAUUAUUUACCUGUACUUUUUACUGUGACCUAUAAUAUUUUUUUUCUGCAUCGUAUAUCUAUGGACUGUAAGAUAAUUAAUUAAGCACUGUCUGUUAAACAGAUCAUAAUGUUUGUUUCGACUGUCCUGAUAUAAGACAGUUAGGGAAUGUAUGACAUUUUUACAGCAUUUUGUUGACGUUGUUAAUACAAUGACAUUAUAUAAAUACAGCUCGGAUUGGC